CGUUCAGGGUGCUUCCGGCGGUGCUCAGGACCGCGGAAUAUCCGAGCGUGGCCUCCAACCAUGGCCUCUCUGCAAGCCAAGGAUGCGUAUCUGCAGGACUUGGCCAAGAAGAUCUGCACACAGCCUGGCCCCGAGAGGCAGGGGAGCAAGUGGGCUGUCAGAACAAAACGCUUGGAAGCUGCCGGGCCCCCCAAAAAGAAAAGGAAGAAAACACAAAAGAAAUCUCAGGACCAGGAACAGAAAGCUGCAGAGCACAAGACCAAGCCCCCAGGGAAGACGGCUCCCACCUUGUCUAGGGCUAAGAAACUAAUGGUGUCCAAACAAGAGAAGAACUCCAGCUCCCUGGAGUCUCCUAAAGAUGGCCAAGCCACAGCACCUGAUUCUGUCUUUGCACUGGAUUUCCUGCGACAGCGGCUGCAUGAGAAGAUGCAGCUGGCCCGGGGCCAGGGUAGCACCAAGGAGCUGUCAGCUGCCACCCUAGAGAAAAGACAGCGGAGGAAACAGGAGAGGGAACGGAAGAAGAGGAAGCGGAAGGAGCUUCGAGCAAAGGAGAAGGCUGCAAAGGCUGAGAACAAGGAGGAGCCGGCUGAGGCACCCCCAGAUGUGGCCUGCAAGGAGCCGCAGGAGUCAGGGCUUAUCUUUAAUAAGGUGGAAGUGACUGAAGAGGAGCCCGCCAGCAAGCCCCAGCGGAAGAAGGAGAAGCGGCAGAAGGUGAAAGGGAACCUGACACCACUGACGGGCAGGAACUACAGGCAGCUGCUGGAGCGUCUGCAGGCGCGCCAGGGCCGGCUGGAGGAGCUGCGAGACCAGGAUGCAGGCAAGGCCCAAGAACUGGAGGCCAAGAUGAAGUGGACCAACUUGCUGUACAAGGCGGAGGGUGUGAAGAUCCGUGACAAUGAGCAACUGCUGAGGGAAGCCUUGAAGCGCAAAGAGAAGCGCAAGGCACAGCGGCAGCGCAGGUGGGAGAAGCGCUCAGAGCACGUGGUAGAGAAGAUGCAGCAGCGUCAGGACAAGCGGCGCCAGAACCUGCGCAAGAAGAAGGCCGCGAAGGCCGAGCGGCGCCUGCAGAAGGCCCGCAAGAAGGGCCGGAUACUGCCACAGGACCUGGAGCGUGCAGGCCUCUCCUGAGCAGCUUGCACCUGCCACAUUCCUGGCCAGACACCUAGGUGACGGACCGCGGGUCUCCUAUGUGAGACUGAUGCGUUCUUGCACCCCGCAGCCACAGUGAGGGCUCCAGUCAUGUGCCAAGAGGAUGUUUUGCCAUCGUCCUUAAGUAGAACAGUGUCCUCCAGUCCUGGGAGGGAUGAAGAGGAUCUGUGCCCAAGUCCUGUGAGGGUGUGUCUGUCUGUCUGUCUCUGUGUGUGUGUUCAUGUUUCUGAAGACUCCAGAAGCAAGGUAGUACAGUUGAGGUGAGCUGCCCACCUGACCUUCCCACCCACCUGUAUUUCCAGUAACCGUGAGAACAAAAGGCCUUGACUACUGCUUCAGUGUUCACAAGUCCCUGGCAACAGAAGGGAGCCCACAGAAGUUCUCGGGAAUAUGAUCCUGUUAGGUCUGUCUCUGGGCCAGAGCUUCAAAACCCAGAGUCUCUCUGGGAUCUGCAGGAUGUGCCUUGGGUAACAUGGCCUCCUGUGAGCCAGUUGCUGUCAGAGGCUUGGGAAGUAGUGGUGUGCUGGCUAGUUUAUGUCAGUUUAACAUAAGCUAGAGUUAUCUGAGAAGAGGGAACCUCACUGAGGAGACAACCUCACUGGACUGGCCUGCGGGCAAGCCUGUGGUCCACUUCCUUUACUGGUGAAUGAUGUGGCUGGGCCCAGUUCAUUGUGGGCAGUGCCACCUCUGGGCUAGUGGUCCUGGAUUAGAUAAGAAAGCUGGCCAUGGGGAACAAACCAGUAAGCGAUGUUCCUCUAUGGCUCUUCCUUUAGUUCUGCCUCAGGGUUCUUGCCCUGACUUCUCUUGGUGAUGUACUGUUACCUGGAAAUUAACAUGAAAUAAACCUUUUCCUCCCCCA